AUGGCGCUCCUGCCCUCCUUCGCCUCCUUCUGCAGGGACAGCCGCCCGGCCCACCAACGGUGGAGCUUUGGGCUGCCAGCGGAGAAGUUCCCCUGCGGCGGCGGAGACCUCUGCUGCCCUCCCGCCGGCCGCCUGGACGGGCUGUGCCCGCCGUCGAAGGAGGACGACGACCUCAAUCACGUCCUGGAUUUGAUUCUCUCCAUGGGAAGCGGCGCAGACGGAGGGCCCUUUGGCCCUGACAGCGGCGCGCCCCGCGGGGAUUACGGCGCCGGACGGGAGCCCUUCUACGAGCUAAGCCCCUCUCCCGACGGUGGCGGCGGCGGCGGCUACGAGCCGAUGGAGCGGGGCAGCCCUCCGCCCUACGGCGCCACGGCCGCUGCCCUCCUGCCCGAACUGGAAGCUUCCCCCUACGUGCCUUUCCCGGGAGCCACCGCCGGCUUCAUCCAGGGCCGCUUCUUCGUCACGUCGGCGUUCGCGGAGGGGCCCAAGCCGGAGAUGUCGUGGCCACAACCCUGCGCGCAGAUCAAGCAGGAGGGCGCUAGCCCCACGCCCUGCAUGCUGACAGCCUCUCCGCCGCUCCCGGGGGCAGAGACCCCUCCGCUCAGCCCCGACGACCUCUUGGCAGCAGCCGCCGUCGAGUGCCAAGCCCCUCUCGGGCGCCACGCGCAGCCCACCUACCCGGCGCCCUUCGCUCACCCUCUCCACUACCGCCAACACCCGCAGCAGCAGAGCGCGCCGCCCGCCUUCGGCUUCUUCGACGACAGCCUGCCUUGCCCGGUCUCUGCCCCGAGGGGGCUCCUCACACCUCCCUCGUCGCCGCUGGAGCUGCUGGAAGCCAAACCCAAGCGCGGCCGACGAUCCUGGCCGCGCAAACGGACUGCUACUCAUACCUGCACCUACGCCGGCUGCGGAAAGACUUACACCAAAAGCUCCCACCUGAAGGCUCACCUGCGCACCCCACACAGGCGAAAAGCCCUACCAUUGCAACUGGGACGGCUGCGGCUGGAAGUUUGCGCGUUCCGACGAGCUCACGCGCCACUACCGCAAACACACCGGGCACCGGCCCUUCCAGUGCCACCUCUGCGACCGCGCCUUCUCUCGCUCCGACCACCUGGCGCUGCACAUGAAGAGGCACAUGUAGAGAGCGAGGGGGGGGGGACUCUCCAGGACUUAGUCGGGAUCUUGUAGCUGGUACUACGUCCGCCUGCGCCUGGGAUGACGGGGGAGGGAAGGCGUGAGCCGGCCCCUGUAGUAGCAAGAGGGAGACGGGGGGGCUGCGGCCAGCGCCUCUCCAGGAGGCUGCGCGAAAACCUGACGGGCUGCUUUCUGCCCCCAACCCCGGGAGGGAGAAGAUGGGGACUUAAUUUAUACGGCUCUGGAGCGGAGACGAAAGGGCCGUCCGGGUGUAAAUAGCGGAUCUGCGACAGCCCAGGAGAUCAGCUGGAACGGAAGGCUUGGCUUGAGGAUCGCGCGGAGGCAGGGGGGACGCCUCGCGCAAAACGCUCCCAGCUGCCUUAACCUACACUAGAGCUCCUAACAAGGCUUGAGGUCUUGUGAAGAAACGACUUUUUU